UGUUUUUAUAAAUAGACACACAACCCCUUCAUCCAAUCUCAUCAUUUUUUUUGCUCUCUUCCCUUCAAAACACUUUUACAGAAAUUAAAUGACGUUAACUCUGCGUUCUUCAACGUCUUUCAUCAAUCUUAAUGACCACAAAAGCCUAAAAGCCUCUGAUGAGUCUUCUUGGACAAUUUGCUAUGCGCAAAUCAAGCCAACAUGCCGUCUCCGGGCAAAGAGUUCGAUGCAAGAGACGCAGCUCUUGCACGAAAAUACCUUAAAGACCGCCUGCACCGAUGGAAGGAGAGAGAUGCUUCAUGCACUCCCCAAUAUUGCUCACAGCAGCAAUGGUUCCAAGGUGCCUGUGUACGUGAUGCUUCCGCUUGACACUGUGAGCCAUGGAGGGCAUUUGAACAAGCCAAGAGCAAUGAAUGCUAGUUUGAUGGCCUUGAAGAAUGCAGGAGUUGAAGGAGUUAUGGUGGAUGCCUGGUGGGGAUUGGUGGAGAAAGAUGGGCCUUCCAAGUACAACUGGGAAGGGUAUGCUGAGCUUGUGCAGAUGGUGCAGAAGCAUGGCUUGAAGAUCCAAGUUGUCAUGUCUUUUCAUCAGUGUGGAGGAAAUGUUGGAGACUCAUGCAGCAUUCCUCUACCUCCAUGGGUGCUAGAAGAAGUCAGCAAGAACCCUGACCUUGUUUACACAGACAAAUCAGGUAGGAGGAAUCCUGAGUACAUAUCCUUGGGAUGUGAUUCAUUGCCUGUUCUCGGAGGAAGAACACCGAUCCAGGUUUACACCGACUACAUGAGAAGCUUCCAUGACAGAUUCAGAGAUUACUUGGGCAAUGUUAUUGUGGAAAUUCAAGUGGGGAUGGGUCCUUGUGGGGAGCUCAGAUAUCCAGCUUAUCCAGAAAGCAAUGGAACUUGGAGGUUUCCUGGAAUAGGAGAAUUCCAAUGUUAUGACAAGUACAUGAGAGCUUCCCUGGAAGCAUCAGCAGAGGCACUGGGAAAGAGAGAUUGGGGAAGAAGUGGACCCCACGAUGCCGGCCAGUACAAUCAGUUUCCUGAAGACACCGGAUUUUUCAAAAGAGAUGGAACUUGGAACACUGAGUAUGGACAGUUUUUCAUGGAAUGGUACUCCGGAAAGCUACUCAGACACGGAGAUAGAAUACUGACAGCUGCGAAAGGAGUAUUCCAAGGAUCUGGAGCUAAACUAUCUGGAAAAAUUGCUGGGAUUCACUGGCACUAUGGAUCAAGAUCACAUGCGGCGGAAUUAACUGCUGGCUACUACAACACUAGACAUAGAGACGGUUACCUACCAACAGCCAGAAUGUUCAGCAAAAAUGGGGUUGUAUUAAACUUUACCUGCAUGGAAAUGAAAGACAGAGAACAGCCUGCACAUGCAAAUUGCUCACCAGAAGGGCUAGUGCGGCAGGUAAAAAUGGCAACCAAGAGUGCUGGAAUUGACCUCGCAGGAGAGAAUGCAUUGGAGAGGUAUGAUACUGGUGCAUUUGAACAAAUUUUGGCAACAAGUAGAUCAGAUUCUGGCAAUGCCUUAAGUGCAUUUACAUAUCUACGGAUGAACAAGAGAUUGUUCGAAGGGGACAACUGGAGGAACAUGGUUGAAUUUGUGAGAGGCAUGGCAGAAGGUGGCCGGAACAGAAGUCUGUCAGAAUGUGACUCCACUGGGAGCAACCUCUUCGUUCGUUUCAUCAAAGAGAAGAAUGUCAAGAAAACAAAGGAAACUGUUCUUGUGUAGAGAUUUUAGAAAUUAUUUAUGUGCAUCUUCAUGUACAAACAGAGUAUAGCUUUAUUACUGUGAUAUAGGAGGAGAAAAGAGAGUUAAAUACAGUGAGAGAGAGAAGUAUAAUUAUAUGCAAACACCAUUAUUGGCAUCAGAUGCUGAUUAUGUAAGAUGGUUUUAAAAAGUCUUGCAUAUGUCUCCAUACAUGAAUGGCCAGUUGUUCAUUCAACCCAAGUAUUAUUAAUUUAGUUUAUGGGGAUGUUUGGAUGACUCUUUUAAA